AGGCUCUCCCUGGUUCACAAUAGCAGACCUUCCCGUCCAGUUGGGAGCAGAUCGAUACGUUCGUCGUGGUGCUACGGAGACUGCGGCAACGGGAGAUGACGGCUGGCAUGCCUCGGAGAAGGGAUAGCAAGUGACGCUAUUGAAGACAAGAAGUUACAUUAGAUCGUCACGUGGUUGCCUCAACAAGCGCACAAAGUGGGGCGCCUGCCGUUCGUUCGCGCCUGCCAUUGCUACUGCGACGAGAUACGUUCAGCUUUCCAGUGUCUGCACCACUUCUAACAAUCCGACACCAACACUGUGCUUAGCAACAGCGCCACGGAAGAAAAUCUUCCUAUAAGCCAAGCACAGUUCACCCUUUCGCUGCCGUCAACGACCUCCACAAUGACGAACUACCUCGCGUCAAUCAGCACCUGGGUGGGAACCAUCAUCGCUGUCUUGGUGGGUUCAGCAAUCUACGAUCACUCCACCUUCGUUCUCCCGCCAAUCCCACACAUCAAUGUGGAAGUGGAUGCUCAGCUGGAUCUCUAUGUGCCUGUACUCGCCGACCGUGUCGCCGAAGCAAUCAGUCAGCUCGUGUACGACUUCACCUACGACUCGACCUUCUUCAUGACUGAAUAUCUGGACUCCAUCGCAAUCGGCAUCGGCUUCCUCAUGAUAGAAGCGACUGUGGUCUACUUCGUCUCAAAGUCAGCCCGCCGUCUGGCGGUCAAGAAAGCUGGCUACGAAUUUUGCAACACAACCAUCAAGUCGAUUGUGUUCGCCCACUCAGUCGCGCUUUCUGGAUUCCAGCUCUUCAGCAUGGUGACCGCCUUAGACGUUGUCUUCGACUACAUUUCCGUUGCCGUAGACCACGUAUUACCGAGGUUCUAUCAUCUCUACCAUCAGUUCGCGAACAGCGCUGCUGUUACAUACGCCCACGACAAGACCGGCAAGUGCUUUAGGUGGGCGCAGGAAAAGCGCGGUCCUGUCACGCUUGUCCUAACGUGCAUAUGGACUCGGAUCGCCGCAUACAAUGUGGUGGUCGUCCUCCCCGACAGCACUCGAUUCAAGGAGACGCUCAGUGCAGCUUACCUGUGCUUCACGCGUUGCGUGCAAAGCUUCGGCACAGCUUGCCGAACCUGCAAGCAGAAUGUGGUCGCAUGUGGACUUGGCUCGAUGGUCAUGCUCACCGACCACCUGUCUGACGUCGCUGACUGGCUGCGUACUACCGCUGCGCCUGUGCAAGUGAAGGCCCAAGGCUGUGCGGCUGUGCAAGCGAAGGUCCAAGAUUGUCCGGAGGUGCAAACGAUGGAGGCACCGAGUCGCAGCGUCACAGGCAAGACGAAGAAGUGCGUUGAGAAGGACGGCUUCGUGGUGGUGCAUGGCGCUCGCUAGUGGCCACCUUGACUGACUGCUUGCUGUGUGGCCCGACCAACGACUGAUUGCGAGAUAUGGGAAUCCGUAUGUUUUCAUGAGGCGUUUGCCGUAUACAAGCCAUUUUGAAGGCUGACAGAGCGCGUGAUGACGGAGUGGAGACUUCACAAAUAGGGUGCUAUGUCAUGGGCAGCACACAAUCGCUGCUACUUCCUUUCAUCUCUAGUCACAGAGCCAUUAUUGCCUCUACCUCUUCCAGCUUCACUGUCUCUGUCCAGAGCCUCAAGAUUGGCUA